ACUGGUACCAAAGGCCUCACCGGGGAGGAGGACGAGUCACCUCACGGCCGUGGCGUACAGCCCCCCGACGGAUGCGCGUAUGAAGGGCCGACCAGGGAGGGGAGCGUGGCGCGGCCAUGGCGUCCAGCCCUCGCAGGAGGAGCCGUACGCGGAUUCGGACGAGGCGCCGCACAGCCGUGGCGUCGAGCCCCCCGACGGAUGCGCGCGGACGGAUGGGCGCCGUCUGCUCCCUGCCGCGGCGAGGUGGGGGAAAGGUAGGAGCGGCCGUGGUGGCCAGGUCAGUAGCAGUGGUGGUUCCUCGUGGGCGAGGUGGGUGAAAGGGAGGAGCAGCCGCGGCAGGUGGUCGUCUCUCUUCACGGAAUCACACUCUAUGCAAUGGUGGAGUGCUUGCAUUGUUGGCUGGCGUUUAGCAGUUCUCUGCAAUAGUGGGUUGAUCCAUCUUUCUGUUCACAAGUUUUAUCAAGCAAUGGACUAUGCUUGGCCGCUUGAGAUAUCUAUGAUUUAUGGUGCUAUCUCAAGGAUAAUUUCUAGGCGUGGGCUAAAGCUCCUUGCGCUUGAUGAAAAUGGAGAAACAAGAGACAUAGUGGUGUACUAAGAGGUGCUUGAUCAUCUCUGGAAGAUAUAUUUCAAUAUGUGUAGGAUCAGGACUAUGUUCAGGGGCAACCCGAAGUUCCUCCAGCAGAUGGUUAGAGAUUUUCGGUGCUAAAACGAUCUAUGUGAAAUGGAUCCCUUGCCAACAUAAUGGACUUAGGCUAGACAGAAGAACCAUAUAGACAAUGUUCUUUUCUCUGUACCUUUUAAGCUAUAGUGUUAAAGUUUACCUUCUUUAGUUUUCUUCUCUGUUGUUUUUUU